AUGUUCACCGGAUACAACAAUAAGAAGCGAGUGACGGAACGCUACAAGAUUGUCGGUUUCAUCAGCAGCGGUACCUAUGGACGUGUUUACAAGGCUGAAGGCAAAAACGGCCGCACGGGCGAAUUUGCCAUCAAAAAAUUCAAACCGGACAAGGAAGGCGAACUGCAAUACUCUGGCAUCUCUCAGUCGGCCAUACGGGAAAUGGCCCUGUGCACUGAGCUUGCACAUCCAAAUGUCGUGCACACAGUAGAAAUCAUCCUGGAAGAUAAAUGCAUCUACAUUGUCUUCGAGUAUGCCGAACACGACUUGCUUCAAAUCAUCCACCACCAUAACCAACCCCAGCGCCAAGCAAUACCCGCACGAACCAUCAAAUCUAUCUUGUAUCAGCUCUUGCGUGGACUUGUUUACCUACAUAGGAACUGGGUCAUGCAUCGAGAUCUCAAGCCCGCCAACAUCAUGGUCACUAGUGCUGGAAAGGUGAAAAUAGGCGAUCUUGGUCUCGCUCGUCUGUUCUACAAACCGCUUCAGUCCCUGUUUUCCGGCGAUAAGGUUGUGGUGACAAUAUGGUACCGAGCACCUGAGCUUCUCCUUGGCAGUCGCCAUUACACUCCGGCUGUAGAUCUAUGGGCUGUCGGCUGCAUUUUUGCAGAGUUGCUGUCGUUACGGCCCAUCUUCAAGGGCGAAGAAGCAAAGAUGGACAGCAAAAAGACGGUACCCUUCCAACGUAACCAGAUGCAAAAGAUUGUAGAGAUCAUGGGCAUGCCAAGUAAAGAUAGAUGGCCACUUUUGACUUCGAUGCCCGAGCACCCUCAGCUCUCCUCUCUCGUGUCUGGAAACUCUGCACGUUUCCCGCGCCCCCAAAGCGGUGAUGGAUUGGAACGAUGGUAUAAGCAGACCCUCGCCAACAACCAAUACCCAACCCAACCGGGGCCAGAAACUCCCGGCGAUGAAGGCCUCUCCCUGCUCAAGCAGCUUCUUGAGUACGAUCCACAGAAACGGCUUACGGCGGAAAAGGCUCUGUUACAUCCCUACUUUACCGUUUACGGCAAGCCAGCAGAAAGCUGCUUUGAAGACUCGAAAAUCAAGUAUCCAGUCAGAAGGGUCAGUCAAGAAGACAACGACAUGCGCACUUCUAGCCUACCGGGCACCAAGAGGAGUGCAUUGCCAGACGACUCGCUCGUUGGACGCCCCACAAAGCGUCUUAAGGAGGCAUGAGGAGACUCGAUACGAGCUCGCCGUGAUGUCUACGUAAUCUCUACAGACCCUGGCUGCAGCUUCCCGUUUGCACGUACCAUUACAGUAUUUACGGCAAACCUAUCCCUGGUUGUCGGCAAAGUGCUACCUGACCGGACCGCUGAGUGACGACCUUGGCGGCGUAAGUGGCUUUGUACGAGUCGCAAUCUUACACAGGCGUCGCUUGGGGAAUCUUGGGGUGAUCUCGACCCGUAGCUUGGGGUGCACCAACACGAAGGGAUGCUGAUGCUGUAUCAUCUGUACGUAACCUUCUGGAGGGGUAAUGUGUCUUGAUACGAUGCAGGGGCAACGCGUCCAAGGUCCGGCUCUAGCCUACAAGCAGCUUGCAUAUUGGUGUUGUAAGUUUCAUGUUGCGCGACCCUUCACUUACAAGACAUGUACGCCGCGUUACGUCUUUUGUUUUCCACUUUUUCCUUUACACACACACACACACACUCUCUCUCUUGACAGCAAUCGGGAAAUAACGACGGAAUGUGAGAAAUGAGCAAGGCAGUGGCAAGGACAGGAUGGAUAAGACAACAUGUUAGCCACUAGCACCACAUCGUAUGUAUAGUGCGGUAAGACUACCUGUCAAAAGAAUGAGCA